UAAAUACGCUAACUCCUCAACUAUUUUUUCUCCCAAAUUUGCUUUCCACCGCACAAAUAUUCGUUUCCCCCCUUUCAAUGCCCACUUUUCUCUUUCGGAUUUUCUUGCUAUACAAUCUCCUUCUCGACUAUUUGGUCCCCAGAAAGCUCAAAUCUUUCCUCUCUCCUUCUUGUACUACCACCACCCCCUUUGUUUCUGUCGGAGGUGAAACCGAAAAGAACCCAUCUCCGGCAGUUGCAUUGGCAUCGGUCUCCCCUCGCUGUCCUCUAAAAAGAAUGGACGCUGCUGAGUUGAAGAGGGUGUUCCAACUGUUCGACAAGAACGGAGAUGGGACCAUCUCCAAGAAAGAGUUGAACGAUUCGUUGGAGAAUAUGGGUAUCUGCAUCCCUGAUCCUGAAUUAACCCAAAUGAUCGAAAAGAUUGAUGUCAACGGCGAUAAGUGCAUCGAUAUCGACGAGUUCAGUGAGCUGUACCGAUCCAUUAUGGAUAAUAAGGAUGAAGAAGAAGAUAUGAAGGAGGCUUUCAAUGUUUUCGAUCAAAACGGUGACGGAUACAUUUCCGUAGAGGAGUUGAGGUCCGUUUUGGAAUCGCUUGGGAUUAAGCAAGGGAAAGGGAUCGAAGAUUGUAAAAGGAUGAUAACGAAGGUGGAUGUAGACGGUGACGGUAGGGUUAACUUUAUGGAAUUCAAGCAAAUGAUGAAAGGAGGUGGCUUUACUGCCAUGGCAUAAACAUUCCGUCUAUAUUGGAUUUGUAGAUAAGCUUGUAAGAUCUUGGGGCUGCAUUACAUCUGUUGGAAAAUGGAACCAUAACUUAAGAAAGGGAGAGGAUGCAAUGGGAGGAAUGGGAGAAGAAUUUUUAAUCACCAAAGAUUGAUAGCAGUAUGGUGUUUUUCAUUCCAUUUUAUUUGGGUUUAUUUUUUCGGGAUUGUAAGAUUGGUUUGGGAUUUUGGUGGUUUUAUUGUUUCUGUUUCUGAAUUUCCCCAUUGUCUUUAUUUUUUCUAAUCUGAAUUUCUUUUUAUUCCUC